AUGAAGCGAGCAGAAGGAACGCCUCCACCGAAGAAGCAGCAGCAGCAGCAGCAGCAGCAAACAAAAACAGCUGCAGCAGGGCGCCCGCCGCCACCAGCCGGCGCAGAGUCAGCUGCAAGUCGGCCGUCCACCAGCGGCGCCGACCACCACGCGACCAAGGAAACUCCGACGGAGCCGCUGCCGGAGUCCACUGCCGGCAACCCUCUCGCGGAAGACGAACGGGAGGCAGCAGCUGACAGUGUUCCGAAGGCUGGACACGUUGUGGUGGAACAGCAGUCUGCUUCGACAGUAGCAGGCAGCAGGGGUCCCCACGACUGUGACCCGCAGAAAACAGACGGGGAAGGCUCCGCGUGGCGCGCACGCAGGCGGAAACAGUUUUCGCCCAAGAAGCGGGCCCCCCUGGCCGAAUACGUUCUGCCGCAGUCCUACGAAGAAUGGACUGCUCUGCCAGAAACUAGCAGCGGGAGUCCCCACAAGUCGCCUGACUCUAAGAAAGCAGGGAAUGAUAGCAGUGUGGGACGCACGCGCAGGCGGAAGCAGCAGCAGCCCAAGAAGUGGGUCUCCCUGGCUAGGCUCAGGCAGCACCAGCACCAACAGCAACACCAUGACCAGCAUGUGUGCUGUCUGCAUGGCCCCGGCUGCUCCUCCCAGGCAGGGGCAGAGUCACAGCUGCCAGGCACUUCCAGCACACUCCCAGGGGACCCCAGAGAGAGGAGCUACACAGAAAUGUAUUGCUCCAAGAAGAUGGGAAAGAGGCGUUACAAACGCCACACAUCCAGGAAGAGACUGCGGAUUUCGUUAAAUAGUUUAAUUGCUGAACAAAGUCAGUCAGAAUCGUCUGCGACUCCUGUGUCGCCGGAGGACGAAACAGGACAGACGUCUGAUUCACAGGAAGUGCCGCUGGUGGGGCGUCGCUCAAGGCGCGAUGUCGCCACAGUGGGCGUGGCACAACGGGACACUGCGCAUGCGCGCCAGCGCGCGGCAGUGGCAGGGCCUGCCGCCGGGGGUUCCCCGCGGGUACGGCUGCAGGCCGUGGCUGGCAGGUCACAGGAAGCUGACCUCCCGGAGCAGCUGGUGCCGGAAGUGGACAGCCCGCCAGAAAGUGGCCCCGUGGAGCACACCCCAAGCCACCUGGUUGACGACCAGCAGCUGCCCCAGCUGUCCCGCUGCGACCCCGCCCACUUCUCCAGUGAGCUAGCAACCAGACGGCACCACAGCCGCGAGCAGACCCGGUGGCAAGAGCGGCUGCCGCUCUCACCAGAUGCACUGCCGUCGCCAUUCUUACCUAAUCUCUUUGAGAUCGCUUUCGAUUUAUCACCACUGCUGGAGAGGAGGCAACCGACAGCCAGGCAGGAGGUGGGCGACGUGGCAGAGCAGGUGCAGCUGCUCCAGAACCCACCAGCAGCGCGCCAGGCGCCGCCAUUUGCACGACAAGUUCCGGUGGCGCCAUUAGAACCACCGCCACCUCCACCACCUGCGAACAGAGCUGCAGCGCGCAAACACAGCGACGCGCCGGGGCAGUCUGGCUACAGGAGCAGGAAGCGUGGGGGUCGCGGCCCGUGCAGGGCUACUUCGACCCCGAGAUGCUGGCUGACGCUCUGGCGCCGUCCGGAGGAGGAACAGCAGCAGCAGCAGCAGCAGCAGCAGCUGCUGGCCGCUCACCAGGCGCCCGCCGUCUCCGGCAGCAGCUCAUCGCACUCUGCUCGGGAGCAGAGGACGCCCUGGCCAGCCCUGCCCGGCGGCUCUCUUUUUCCUCUGCGGUGGUACUUCGACCCCGAGGCGCUGGCGGACGCUCUCAAGCCGUCGGACCAGACCAGAGGAGCCGCCAGCCACCCACCAGGGGACGCGUCCUCCCCGGCAAACAGGGAGCAGCGGGAGGCGCCACCCCAGCUGGGGUUCCUGGAUCCCGCCGCCUUGGCAGACGCCCUCGCGCAGUCUCCAGAGUCUGGAGAAUCUGGAGAGUCUGAAGGCUCCAGCAGACGGACAACAGGCGCCGGCGGUGGCCCACCUCCCCGUCGUGCCGUGUAA